AUGGCAUCCGUUCCUACUCAUCAAAGCGAGAAAGAAAAGAAAAACGACGAGCUGUCUACGGCCAUUCUUAAAGAUAAGGCGAAGCCAAAUCGUUUAAUUGUUGAUCAGUCCGAACAAGAUGACAACUCGGUUGUAUCUGUGUCCCAAGCCAAAAUGGACGAACUUGGAUUAUUCAGAGGAGACGCCGUAAUUCUUAAGGGCAAAAAGCGGAAGGAAUCUGUUGCCAUCAUCGUAUCUGACGAGUCUUGUCCAAAUGAGAAGGUUCGCAUGAACCGUGUUGUUCGCAACAAUCUUCGUAUACGCCUCGGUGACGUUGUCAGCAUCACCCCAGCUCCAAAUCUCAGCUAUGGAACCCGUAUUCAUGUUCUCCCAAUUGAUGAUACCAUCGAAGGACUCACUGGAAACCUGUUCGAUGUGUUCCUCAAGCCAUACUUUCUUGAAGCUUAUCGUCCUCUACACAAAGGAGACAUCUUUACUGUGCAGGCUGCAAUGAGAACUGUCGAGUUCAAAGUCGUUGAAACUGAUCCAGCACCAGCUUGCAUAGUUUCUCCAGAUACUAUGAUCCACUACGAGGGAGAUCCAAUCAAAAGAGAAGAGGAAGAAGAGAGCAUGAAUGACAUUGGUUACGAUGAUUUGGGAGGAGUUCGUAAGCAACUCGCCCAAAUUAAGGAGAUGGUUGAGCUUCCUCUUCGUCACCCACAGCUGUUCAAGGCGAUCGGUAUCAAACCGCCACGUGGUAUUCUUCUGUUCGGUCCACCAGGAACUGGAAAAACCUUGAUAGCUCGAGCUGUCGCUAAUGAGACAGGUUCAUUCUUCUUCCUCAUCAAUGGACCAGAAGUAAUGUCGAAGAUGUCUGGAGAGUCCGAAUCCAAUCUUCGCAAAGCUUUUGAAGAAUGCGAAAAGAAUCAACCAGCUAUCCUUUUCAUCGAUGAGAUAGAUGCAAUUGCACCAAAACGCGAGAAAACUAAUGGAGAGGUCGAGCGAGUAUUGUUUCGCAACUUCUCACUCUCAUGGACGGGAAGAUCUAACCUUGUCGUCAUUGCUGCCACUAAUCGUCCAAACUCAAUUGAUGGCGCUCUCCGUCGUUUCGGAAGAUUCGAUCGCGAAAUCGACAUCGGUAUUCCAGAUGCUGUUGGUCGGCUUGAGAUCCUUCGUAUUCACACUAAAAAUAUGAAACUUGCUGAAGAUGUGGACCUGGAACAAAUUGCUAAUGAGUGUCACGGAUUUGUUGGUGCCGAUUUGGCAUCUUUGUGUUCAGAGGCAGCUCUUCAGCAAAUUCGUGAAAAGAUGGAGCUAAUCGAUCUCGAAGAUGAUCAAAUCGAUGCCGAAGUUUUGAACUCGCUGGCUGUCACUAUGGAAAACUUCCGUUUUGCUCAAGGAAAGUCGUCACCUUCUGCACUACGCGAAGCAGUGGUUGAGACACCAAACACGACUUGGGCUGAUAUCGGUGGUCUUCAAAAUGUCAAACGCGAACUUCAGGAAUUGGUGCAGUAUCCAGUUGAGCAUCCAGAGAAAUAUCUCAAGUUUGGCAUGCAGCCGUCUCGCGGAGUUUUGUUCUAUGGACCACCAGGAUGUGGUAAAACUCUUCUUGCGAAAGCGAUUGCAAAUGAAUGCCAAGCUAACUUCAUCUCGAUCAAAGGACCAGAACUGCUUACUAUGUGGUUCGGAGAGUCUGAGGCAAAUGUUCGUGAUGUGUUCGACAAGGCUCGUGCCGCAGCUCCAUGUGUACUUUUCUUUGACGAAUUGGAUUCGAUCGCUAAAGCUAGAGGAUCCGGAGCGGGAGGAGACGCCGGUGGUGCCUCAGAUCGCGUUAUCAACCAGGUUCUCACAGAAAUGGAUGGUAUGAACGCAAAGAAGAAUGUCUUCAUCAUCGGAGCCACCAAUAGACCAGACAUUAUUGAUCCGGCUGUUCUUCGUCCUGGACGUCUUGAUCAAUUGAUCUAUAUCCCACUUCCGGAUGAAGCGUCUCGUCUCCAAAUUUUGAAGGCUUCUCUCCGCAAAACCCCGCUUUCAAAAGAUCUUGACCUGACAUUCCUAGCCAAAAAUACUGUUGGAUUCUCUGGAGCCGAUUUGACUGAAAUCUGCCAGCGCGCUUGCAAGCUGGCUAUUCGCGAAUCGAUUGAGAAGGAAAUCCGAAUUGAGAAAGAACGCCAAGAUCGUCUCACUCGCGGAGAAGAGUUGAUGGAAGACGAUACUGUCGAUCCGGUCCCAGAAAUAACCCGUGCUCACUUUGAAGAGGCCAUGAAGUUUGCCAGACGCUCUGUGACUGACAAUGACAUCAGAAAAUACGAGAUGUUCGCUCAAACGCUUCAACAAUCUCGUGGAUUCGGAAACAACUUCAAGUUCCCAGGGGAACAGCGUGGAAACGAUGCGCCAGCAGCUGCUGGCCAGCUCAGGAUGAUGAUGACCUGUACAGUUAAUUAUUUCUCUUCAUCGGAUUCCUCAAUGACUUGUAUGAUACUUGUUUUAUUCCUCUUCCAUACCCACAUUUCUGCACCCCUUUUUACACUAUUUUUCCCCCCAAACAUUAAACCUAUCAAUAUUUAUUGUAAAUGUAAAGCCAACCAUUUCGCUUUAGAAACUAAUGGUUACGGAUGA